AUGACAGCCACGCACGAGGCACCCACAGCCCACCCGCCGCCGUCCUCGCACCGCACCCGACCCGACUCGCUCCUCCACCUCCCUUAUCAUGGCAGACCGUCACUCGCCCUGUCGACGCUGACCACCCGCUCCUCAUCCACCAGCCGCCUCCCCUCCCCUCUCAGUCCCCCAAUACACUGGGCGAUACACUCCCAGCCCCCGCCGUGCUUUCCCGAGCAGCCUUUCGGUCAACGCACGAGAGGUGGGGGACGAACAGGCGAUCGACACAGGGUGCUCUUGCGCGAACGGCGCGCGAGCAGCGAAGACAGGAGCGUGGUGACGAGAAGACAGUCCAGGGCGUUCUGGAGUCCGAGCGGGUCAGAGACGGGCGGGGAGGACUCGUCUGCGCUCGACGAUACCAGCACCUCGUCGAGCAAGGGCAAGGGGAAGGCCGUUGCAUUCGUCGUGGGCUCGGGAAGCAGUGAUGAGGAGGAUGGAGACGCGCUGCCGGACGCCGGCGAGGUGGGUCCUUCGCGAUACGGAUCCUGGUCGUCUCGGGAACCCACGGUCGAAGAGAUCAUCCGUGCGCAAAUACCGCAACUUAUCCGGCAAAUCGACUCGCAAGACCUCGACUCACUCCUCCCCUACGGCAUCGCCGACUACACCUUCUCCCUGCAUCCUCCCAGUCCCGACGUCUCUCGCUUGACCCCUGAACCAUCAAGAGACCCAGACAAGCCGCCAGACCGCAAGCCGGAUCGGAUCAGUCUUGGGAGGGGCAAGUUUAGCGAGGUGUUGCUUGUGCGGAAGGGCGACACGGAGUACGCUCUCAAGCACACGCCUUUGCAUCCUCACCACCACCUGAUCUCGACCCGCCUGCUCCGCGAACCCCUCAUCCUCGCCCAGCUUCUCCCGCACCGCAACCUCGUCAAGGUCUUCGAAACGAUCCGCACGCCCGGCCACUUCUACCUAGUCGAAGAGAACCUACGUUCGUCCGUCACGCUUGAAGCGCUCGUCACCUCGUCCCCUGGCGGGAUCCUGCCGCUCGACCAGGCAUGGAGCGUGUUGGAGCAGCUUUCGAGCGUCGUCAAGAGCUUGCAUGAGCCGUUGAGGGUGUGUCAUAGGGAUAUCAAGCCCGAGAACAUUCUCGUCCGCCUCGUCCCUCCUCCCUCCUCCGCACCACCCGAUACUCCCCCAACCCUCCUGCUCAAACUCCUCGACUUCGGUCUCGCAACUCACUUUUCCUCCUCGACGCCCAAACUCACAACCUGCUGCGGCUCACCCGCAUACCACUCUCCCGAACUCUGGCGCGGACUACGCGACAAAUCCGGCUCGUCGAGGUACUACGGCGCCGAGAUCGAUAUCUGGUGUACGGGACUCACCGUCCUUCGUUGCCUGAGUACGAAUCGGUACCCGCUCGGGCUUGGGCAUCAGUCAAUGCAGGAGUUGGCGGAUAAAGCGGUUGAUGCGCUUCUCGCUGUCGAGGACGCACAGAUAAGGCAGGUCCUGGCGGGAUUCUUGCACCUUGACGGGGUGAAGAGGAUGAGGGCUUUCGAUCGCUUUUGCGAGACGUUGCCGCAGCGGCUUAAGGACCGAGCAGCGCGGGAAGGGCGGGCGGAGAGGGAGAAGGAGGAGGAGGAUGGGCCGAGGGAGAAGAAGGAGUUCAAGACUACGACAUUCGUGCCCGCCCCGCUCGCGCACCGGCUGCCGCUCUGCCUCGACGAGGACAGUCAUGCCCGGAGUGAAGGACCGAGACUUGAGGCGGCUGUGGUGGGGGAUGGACUGGCGGCGCUUGUUGAGCAGCAGGUCCUUCAGGUGCCGGAACGGGUGUCGAGGUCGAUCUCGUCGGCGAGGACGUUACGGCCCGGGAGGGAGGUGUACGCCUCGCCUGAGUCGGUACCGAGUGGUCUCACAGCCGUCCGCGACGACUCCCCUCCUUCGCCUGAGACCGAAACGUCCUCGACUUACGGUACCGAAUCCUACUUCACGCCCCUUUCCCGGCCGUCGAUCUCGCUCGCUUCCGUCUCGAGCGGCUCGCGCUCGUCCUCGCCUGCUCCGCCCACACCGUCUGUCGAGUCGCUCUCGUUCGGCCACCAAGCCCUCCCUCCGCCUAUCGAGCUCACACUCCUCAACCCGCACGACGAGCCGAUCCGGCGAGCCGUCUCCUACAUCAAGUAUGCUCUGCGGUGCAAAGGCAUCCUCUACCACGUUCGCGACGAAUCAACCUCGUCCUCUUCCGCCUUGUCCGACGCACUGUCACCCUACUCUUCCCCGCCUUCGCUUCCGCCUACGCCCUUCAUGCAACCUUUCCCCAAUUUCCCCUUCGUCGACGCUCCAACCGCCACACCCUCUCGCGCCUCCUCCGUCCGCUCAUCCCGCUUCGACGAAGAAUCCUUCACCUGCUACCUCCAAUGCGUCGUCGCGCUUCCCUCUCCCAACGACCCCGACAGCCCCGAAACCUCCCCUUUCUCCGCUACGACUCGCUUACGCGCCGCGCUCGACCGAAGCGAGACGCCCCUCCGCCCGGGGCUUCCUUCGCGCCGGCAUACGUACACGGGUAACAGCCGGUCCGCCUGGACUCCGCCCGACCAGCCAGGCCGCUCAAGCGGGAAGAAGAGCAAGAAGGUCGAAGCGCUCGUCUUCUUCGUCUCGAUCCGCAAGGCUGGGUCGAUAGGGCCGGACGGAGCGAGCACGCCUGUCAGGCCGUCAUCCCGCGCGAGUACGAGCAGUCGACGGAGGGUGGCGAGUCAGCCUACGCCUGCUGGGAUGGCGCGAGCCGAUGCUUCGCGCAUCGUCAUCACCUUGUCGGAUGCUCGAGCGUUGCCAUUCGUCCGCUCGGCUCUCGCUGUCGAGGACCUCGCGGCGAAGAACGGCUCGGGGGACGCCGAUGCAGGCGAAGGACGCGGUCGUGGACGUAGUAUCGGUCAGACGUACAGUCCUCGACCUGGACAAGGCGACAACAGCGGUUCAAGGGACGCCCGAGCGCGGCGGGAGAAGCGGGCAUCGAGCGUGUCGGUCGCGAUUGAGCAGCACGCGCGGGAGAAGCGGCAGGGCGAUGCGGGCCUUGCGCAGGGACUGGGCAUGACGAUGGGUCCGCCGGCGCUCAAGCCUGUCAGGCGCGCAUCGCAGGCGGGCAAGGGGAUGUGGGAGUGGGGUCUGUCGGGAUUGGUGGAUCGGCUCGUCGGUGGUGGAAGUUCAUGA